UGACAACACGAGGCCUCCAAAACCCUCAUCUUUCUUCUUCUCGUUCCCUUCUCUCUCUCUCUCUCUCUCUCUCUCUCUCGCUCUCGUUCUCUUCGGCCGGGCAAUGAAGGGUGAGCGAGAAGUGGGAGAGAUCUGGUAGGGUUUUGGUGAUUGUAAUCAGACAUUGCUGCCCUGUAGUCCGACAUUGAUCUCUUUUGUUAGUGUGGAGGAUGGAAGGCUGAUGGUCAGGUUUAGUGCUGGUUCCCCUUGAAGGAGCUCUGAUAAUUUAGUUUUGUAUAAUAUAUGGUAAUCAGGUUUUCUUAUAAUAUAGUACAGGAUGAAUAGUGGCCGACAGGUGGAGGUUCAUUACAUAAACACUGGGUUUCCUUACACCGUAACUGAGAGUUUUAUGGAUCUGUUUGAAGGUCUUACAUAUGCCCACGCGGAUGUUGCUCUUGCUGAAGCUUUGCAUGAUCAGGGAAGUUCAUAUUGGCCAAUGAUGAAUGCCAACUCUUAUAAAUAUGGAUUUUUUGGCUCAGGAAACAAUUCUUAUUACAAUUUUAGUCAUGCAUAUGAGAUAAAUGAUUAUGUUCCAAGAUUUGAUGGAGGAAGAAGGAUGCUGGACAACCCUGCACAAUUGGACAAUGUAGACUCAGCACAACUAGUUCUGAAUGGAAGUGGAGGAUCCGAUGCCAGUGCAAGUACUGGAACACAAGAAUGUGUUCGUACCAACCACUCGGCAAGCAGCUCUCAGGUUCUUUGGCAAGACAACAUUGACCCUGACAACAUGACAUAUGAGGAGUUGCUGGAUUUGGGUGAGGCUGUUGGAACUCAAAGCCGAGGUCUUUCUCAAGAACACAUUUCUUUACUUCCAGUCUCUAAGUAUAAAUGUGGCUUCUUCUCAAGAAAGAAAUCACGGGGGGAGAGAUGCGUAAUCUGCCAAAUGGAUUACAGAAGAGGGGAUCGACAAAUGACCUUGCCUUGCAAGCAUGUCUACCACUCCGGUUGUGUAGCGAGAUGGCUCAGCAUAAACAAGGCUUGCCCCGUUUGCUUUGUGGAGGUUUCUUGUGAUGAACUGAAGCGCCAAUGAGUUCUUGCUCCGACAAUAUUAGAGAUACACUCAUGCUGCAUUGAGCUGCAUUUUCUUUCCAGACUACAUCUCCAAACACAGCUCUAAUUGAUCAGAGCCAUGCCCCUUAACAUCCUUGCUACAUCCUUGAGUUUUCUUGUUUUGCCCACUUGUUAUUACUGUUGAAUUUGAGAGUACAGUGAAACACUUCUAGUAGAAUGGAUUGCCGUUUCCAGGCUUCAAGUUUUUUUCCCUACAA